UCUGCUUUGUGGGCAGUAUGAAUAAGUUAUUUGCGUUAACAGUACUGGCUUUCCUUGGUACUAUUCAUGGAUACAUAGUCCAGCAGGACGACGCAAGUUACGAGAACUACGAAUAUAAUGAUGACAGUGGUGAAUCUGAUGACGCGAGCAGUGAAGAAAACGCCGAAAAUGAAAACGGUGGUCAAGGAAGGUUUGGUCAACUAAAUUCUUAUCAUGGAGCUCAGCAAAAAGUCGCUCCGUAUAGAUCAGCACAGUACAAUCAUGCACAGCCUGCAGCUUAUCAUGCUGGCCAUCAUGGAGGUCACGGGAAACCACAGAAGACCCACGAAGCACACAAGAAAGGAUAUGGAGGCCAUCACCAUCAUCAUCAUACUCCUCACUACCAUUUUUCCUACGGAGUGCAUGAUCCUCACACCAAGGACCACAAAAGUCAUCAGGAGUACAGGCACAAAGACAAAGUCGUGGGAAGGUACACCGUAGAGGAACCCGAUGGUACUCACAGAAUCGUGGAGUACACUGCUGAUAAACACAAUGGGUUCCAAGCAGUGGUUAAGAGAAUAGGUCAUGCCAAACACCCAGGGCACAAGGGUCAUGGGCACAGCUUUUUUGGAACAACCCAUUGGGGGUAUGGUUCUGGAAGAUAA